CGCGAACACACACGUCUCACACACUUAACAUCAUGUCCGAGGCACCUAUCCGCCGAGCCCUCUUGGUGGUCGACGUCCAAUACGACUUUAUGGACGGUGGGUCGCUGGCUGUGCCUGGAGGACAAGACGUUGUGCCGGUGAUCAAUAAGGUUCGUAAGAGCCAUGCCUUUGAUCUUGUUGUCUUUACCCAGGACUGGCAUCCGCCGAACCAUGUCUCGUUCGCCUCCAACAACGAUGGCGCAGAGCUCUUCUCUACUCGCUCUAUCAAUGGCCAGAACCAGGUCAUGUGGCCCGAUCACUGUGUCCAGGGCUCGGACGGCGCUCGCCUCCAUGCCGAUCUCGUCCGCUCCGAUCUCGAUCCGGUCGUCCAGAAGGGAACACACGUCGAGCACGACUCGUACUCGGGUUUCCAGGACAACGAUCGCGUCAACAAGACUGAACUCGAGGCUGUUCUCAAGGCCGCCAACAUCACCCAUCUCUACAUAUGCGGCCUCGCUACCGACUACUGUGUUUCGUUCACUGUCAUCGACGCCGUCGACUCGGGCUUUGCUGUCACCGUCCUCGACGACGCCUGCCGUGGCAUCGAUCCAGCCGGCUGCGAUAAGGCCAAGGCGGCUUGGGCAGAAAAGGGUGUUACUCUGCUGGCGUCGGACGAGCUCGAUGAUUUCUGAUUCUCGCUGUGUGACUCUCUCAUCCGGUAAACGCCUCCAGCUCGGCGCA